CCGUAAAAAGCGCGAUACAAGUGCAAAAAGCGAAGAAGAGCGUAUGCAGUGAACACACAAAAAGUGGGCCAAUCGACAAAAAAAAAAAAAACGUACAUACAUAUAUAUUUAAAAUAGAAGUAUGAAAAUACAAAUGGCCAGACGGUAAGCGCCUUGUCCCGAGAACGACGACGACGAUUUGCUGAACAAGAUGCGUGAUCUGCGCAGCGUCGGCGGCGCCACCGGCGCCAUGGAAAGCAGCGGCAGCAACAUCAAUAGCCUUGGCUUGGGAGGCGCCGGUGAAUUACACGGUAUUUGCAUUGGCAGCGCAACGGGCGCCGACAGCGAUGGCGAUGGCGGCGCUCAUCAACGCAUACCAACCAAGGCGGAUCUCUUCAUGGAGCAAUUGAAUGCGACAAAUGCGAAAAAGGUGGCACUGUUUUUAGUCCUGGGCUUUGUGCUCUAUCACGGACUGCUCAAUUGGAAUUAUGGCAGCGAUUCCUGCCAAUGGCUUCUAUCGAAGGGUCGCUUCAAGGGCGACAAUGAGUGGCAACCCUACGGCUGUAUGAUGCACAAAUACAGUUACACCGACACGCGACGCUGUCUGCGUUACUUGGCGUUCUUUGGCAACAAGAACAACUUUGUGUUCAUCGGCGACCGAAGCGUGCGGCUGUUGUACCAGCGCUUCAUCGAGCAACUGCAUCUGCCGCAAUCGCAGCGAGAGGAGGAGGAGCAACAGAAUGAAUACGACAACAACGGAUCUUCGCAUGCGAAUGUGGCUCGCUUCGAGGAUAAAAAGCUGCAUAUGCUGGCGCAGUAUAUUCCCGCCGAGGAGGUCAAUGCUCAGCUCCUGGAUCGCCUCUAUCAGCUGGAGAUGGAGAAGCAGCUCUCCUCCGUCUAUGUGAUGGGAUUGACGCACUCCCAACUGCUCGCAGGCAACGUAACGGAUGAGUUGCUGCGGCAAUACAAUGCGAAUUUAACGUUGCUCGUGGCGCCGUUGCAUCGAUUGGUGGCUCAACGUUCGCGUGUGCUGUGGAAGCUGGCGGAGCGCGUGGACGAGGAGAAGUUGCCGCCGGCGUGGAAACUGGUGCUCAACGAGGACAUUGAUCGAUUGAAUCAGGUGGCACGCGGCGUCUUUCGCUACACGGAUGCAAGCGUCUGGGAGUCGGCGUGGCAUAUUGCCAACGGACUGCUGGACAAUGCCAUCGAUGGGUAUCGGUUGAGUGCACACGGCCAGCGGCUGGAGGUGCAGUUGCUGUGGAACAUGUACUGCAACGAUCAGAUGAACUACAAUGAUGGCACCUGUUGCAGCAGCGCCGAGCCGCACACAACACUCCAGAUUGUGGCCUACGCUUUGUUUGGCGUCUGUGUGGCGAUCGUUUGUGCCAUGUGCUUGCGUCGUUGGCUGCUCCAUCUGCGCGGCCAGACGCUCUAUGUGCCGCUGCAGGAACUCCAUCAACCGCAUCACUCGCAUCAAUAUCACAGCCAGCAGCAGCAGCAUCAUCAUCAACAGCAGAGUCAACGGCAUCCAGCGAAUGCUUUUUCCGCUUUAAUCACCGAUUAUCGCACACCUUUGAUGGCGUUGUCGCUACUGGGACUGAUUAUGGUGUAUUUCUAUGUCUGCGAUCGUACCAAUUUCUUCAUGAAGGAGAACAAAUACUAUUCGGAGUUUAGCUUUUGGAUCCCUGUUGGUUAUGUCUUCGCCCUCGGCUUGUUCUUCACCGAAGAUUCACGCUUCACCAAAGUCCUCAAUCGCGAUCAAACCGACGAGCUACGCGGUUGGAUCUUGUUGGUGGUGCUCAUCUAUUACAUGACCGGAGCACAGCGUGUGCUCCCGAUACACAUGCACAUCAAGCUGCUCAUCUCGGGCUACUUUUUCCUCACCGGCUACACGCAUUUCACCCACAUCUGGCAAACAGGCGGAAGUGGUUCGAUGUUUGUGCGCUUCUUUCAGGCGAUGUUCCGACUGAAUUUCCUGAGUGUGUUGCUCUGCUUCUGCAUGAAUCGUCCGUAUCAAUUCUAUUACUUUGUGCCCCUGCUCUCCUUCUGGCUGUGCGUCGUCUAUUUCGUGUUGUCGCUGCCACCGCGGAUCACAGCCGCCUCGGUGGAUGCGAAUCCAUUGCACUAUCUGUAUUUGGUGUGCAAGUGCAUCGGAUGUCUGGGCGUCAUCACGGUGCUCUUCAUGUCCGAGGUCUUCUUCGAGCGCAUCUUUGUGACGCGGCCGUGGAAGGCGCUCUUCGUGACCACCGACGAUGACAUCCACGAGUGGUGGUAUCAAUGGAAACUGGAUCGCUAUACGGUCACCUUUGGCAUGAUCUAUGCCGCCUUCUUUCACAUUGCCCAAAAGUACAAUGUGUUCGAUGACAACAAUCAUGGGAAUCUAUUCUCGCGUCGCACUUCGAUAUCGGUCACGUUGCUCGCUCUGCUCGGUGUCGGGAUCUAUACGUCCUUUUCGUUUCUGUGCCGGAACGUGCAGAACUGCGAGGAGAUUCAUUCCUACAUCGUCUUUAUACCCAUCAUUGGCUAUGUGGUGUUGCGCAACAUUUCCGGCAUCCUGCGGACUCGUUACUCCAAUUUCUUUGCCUGGUUCGGACGCAUCUCGCUAGAGCUCUUCGUCUGUCAAUAUCACAUUUGGCUGGCCGCCGAUCGUCACGGUGUCUUGGUCCUUUUGCCUGGCUUUCCCACGCUCAACAUGAUCAUCACGUCGUUCAUCUUUGUCUGCGCCUCGCAUGAGGUGCAUCGACUCACCCAGAUCCUGCUGCCGUACGCUGUGCCCAACGAUUGGCGUCUUGUGAUGCGCAAUCUUGUCAUAUUUCUCAUCGUGCUCAUACCAGUUGCCAGAUCCGAUGGCAUGUUCUAGCUGGGAUCAAUCAUCAUUAUCCAUUAUCCGUAUCUUUAUAAUACAUUUUUGUUUGCUUUCCCAAAGGUAUUACAAACAUAAGCACACACACACACACACACACAUUGAUCUAUAUAUGUAUAUUAGACUUAGGACUACAACAAA